AUGGCGGCGUACGCGGGUCCAAACCCGCAAACCGGUCCUCCCCAGCAGGGCCAGGCAAACCCUGGGGGCCCCCAGGGGGGCCCUGGAGGCCCUUCCGCCCCUACAGGGACUUAUGGUCCCCCUGGCUAUGCUUACGGGGUUCAGGGACCCCCAAACGCUUACGGAGGGCCCCCAGGGGGGCCCCAACCAUACCCUGCGGCUUAUGGGGGUCCUCAGCAGUACCCAGCCUAUGGAGGGCCUCAACAAUACCCCGCAGCAUAUGGGGGCCCCUAUGGCGGCAUGGCUCCACCGUACCCUCCUGCUGCUCCUGCAUACCCUGCAGCAGCAGCAGCAGCAGGUGGUCCGGCCUACGCGCAGCAAGGAAUGUACGGCAAGCCCACCUCCCCAGGUGGUGUAUCCAUGGAGAUGGGCGGAGGAGGACAGCCACAACAGGACUCAAUAAUGCAAAUUAGCGAAGAAGUAUCCGUACAAAUUCGUCACGCCUUUGUCCGAAAAGUCUUAGGAAUUCUCGCCAUACAAGUUCUCUUUACCUUCGGAAUUGCAUCAGUGUUUGGAUUUGUGCCAACACUAAAAGAUUUUCUUCUGCAGAAUUAUUGGUUGGCAAUUGUCUCUGCUGUAUGCGCACUUAUCCUGCAACUCGUAUUGGUUUGUAUCCCUGAUUUGGCUCGUAAAGUACCAAUGAAUUUUAUAUUAAUGUCCUUAAUAACAGGAUGUUAUUCAAUACUUAUUUCUUGUGCAGCAGCAGCUUCUUCUUAUUCAAGUUUCCUUAUUGCUAUUGGUGCUACUUUUGUUGUUGUUGUUGGUCUAAUGUUAUUCGCAUGCCAAACUAAAUAUGACUUCACUGGUUGCGGUACAUAUUUAUUUGUAGCAGUAUUAUGUUUAAUGAUAUUUGGCAUUUUAUGCAUUUUCUUCUCCAAUAAAAUUGUACAUCUUGUCUACUCGGGUAUAGCUACAGUAUUAUUCUGUAUGAUUCUUGUAUACGACACCCAGCUGGUGGUCGGAGGCAAGCAUCGUCGUUAUCAGUACUCAAUAGAUGAUUAUAUAUUUGCUGCAUUAACUUUAUACAUGGAUAUUAUAAUUAUAUUUAUGAAUAUACUCGCUAUAGCAGACAAUUCGUAA